CGAGUGCAUCUCUGUACACAUAGGACAGGCCGGUGCCCAGAUUGGUAAUGCCUGCUGGGAGCUCUACUGCCUGGAGCAUGGGAUACAGCCGGAUGGACAGAUGCCCAGUGACAAGACCAUCGGAGGAGGAGAUGACUCUUUCAAUACGUUCUUCAAUGAGACCGGAAAUGGGAAGCACGUCCCCAGAGCUAUUUUUGUAGAUCUCGAGCCCUCUGUCAUUGAUGAAGUGCGCACUGGAACCUACCGCCAGCUGUUUCACCCUGAGCAGCUGAUCACUGGCAAGGAAGAUGCUGCCAACAACUACGCCCGUGGACACUACACCAUUGGAAAGGAGAUCAUCGACCUGGUCACGGACAGGAUCCGCAGAAUGUCUGACCAGUGCACAGGCCUUCAGGGCUUCCUGGUUUUUCACAGCUUUGGUGGAGGAACCGGCUCUGGGUUUACCUCCCUGCUUAUGGAGCGUCUUUCUCUGGACUACGGCAAGAAGUCCAAACUGGAGUUUUCAAUUUAUCCAGCUCCUCAGGUGUCCACUGCUGUGGUAGAGCCUUACAACUCCGUCCUGACCACCCACACCACCCUGGAGCACUCUGACUGCUCCUUUAUGGUGGACAACGAGGCAAUCUACGAUAUCUGCCGCAGAAACCUUGGCAUCGAGCGUCCCACCUACACCAACCUGAACAGGCUGAUCAGUCAGAUCGUGUCCUCUAUUACCGCCUCUCUUCGUUUCGAUGGGGCCCUGAAUGUGGAUCUGACGGAGUUCCAGACCAACUUGGUGCCGUAUCCUCGCAUCCACUUCCCUCUGGCCACGUACGCUCCGGUGAUCUCCGCCGAGAAGGCGCACCACGAGCAGCUCACUGUGUCUGAGAUCACAAACUCCUGCUUUGAGCCUGCCAAUCAGAUGGUUAAAUGUGACCCCCGCCUCGGCAAGUACAUGGCUUGCUGUCUUCUGUAUCGUGGCGACGUCGUGCCCAAAGACGUCAAUGCCGCAAUCGCUGCCAUCAAAACAAAGCGAUCGAUCCAGUUUGUGGACUGGUGCCCAACUGGUUUCAAAGUGGGCAUCAACUACCAGCCACCCACUGUGGUUCCUGGGGGAGACCUGGCCAAGGUCCAAAGGGCUGUGUGCAUGCUGAGCAACACCACGGCUAUUGCAGAUGCCUGGGCUCGGCUUAACCACAAGUUUGAUUUGAUGUACAACAAGCGGGCCUUUGUUCACUGGUAUGUAGGCGAAGGGAUGGAAGAGGGUGAAUUCUCUGAAGCCAGAGAGGAUAUGGCAGCUCUAGAGAAAGAUUAUGAGGAGGUUGGAGCUGAUAGCUUUGGAGAGGAAGAUGAAGGAGAAGAAUAUUGAAUAGGCAUUCAUACCUUAUCUAAGUUUUAGUUUUAAUAAAUAAAAAAAGGUGGCUUUUGGUGCACUACUAUACUUUACUUGCCUUAUAAAGUUGUCCUAUAAAGGCUAUAAUCAUUUAUUACCCUGGUAAAUAAAGAUUUAAUAUUAUUUUCAUUCAUUCAUUCAUUCAAGAACAUUUGUUUCUGAUUGGAAAAUAACACAGACAAUUUCCAAAACAUAAGCUUGUAG